AUGGUGGUCACAGUGGCCUCGGUACGUCAACAACUCGUGAAUUUAGUACAUUCAGGAGGUUCUCAUAAGGAUCAAGCCGACAAGUACCGAGCGAUUUUAGAUGCGAUAGUCUCAUCAUCCGGCGAGGAACUCGUAGACACGUUGAAGGUCUUCAUCGAAGCUAUCGUGAACGAGAAUGUUAGUUUGGUGAUUUCGAGACAGGUACUUACGGAUGUGAGUAGUCGUCUCUUGAAUUUACCAGAUGAGAUUUCGAAAGCAGUUUCACACUUCACGUUAGAUAAAGUUCAACCUCGAGUGAUUUCAUUCGAGGAGCAGGUAGCUAGUAUUAGACAACACUUGGCCGAUAUUUAUGAACGUAACCAAAACUGGCGAGAAGCUGCAAAUGUCCUCGUUGGUAUUCCUCUAGAAACUGGUCAAAAACAAUACACAGUAGAUUAUAAGCUCGAAACGUACCUCAAGAUAGCUCGACUCUAUUUAGAGGACGACGAUCCUAUUCAAGCCGAGGCCUUCAUAAACAGAGCAUCUCUCCUACAGGCCGAAUCGAAAAAUGAACAACUGCAAAUCUAUUACAAAGUUUGUUACGCCCGAGUUUUAGAUUACAGAAGGAAAUUCAUCGAAGCUGCUGCUCGAUACAAUGAGCUUUCGUACAGAUCCAUCAUCCACGAAGAUGAACGGAUGACUGCCCUGAAAAAUGCUCUUAUUUGCACCGUCCUCGCAUCCGCAGGUCAGCAAAGAAGUCGUAUGCUCGCGACUCUUUUCAAGGACGAGCGAUGUCAGCAAUUACCUGCCUAUUCGAUUCUGGAAAAGAUGUAUUUAGACCGCAUAAUCCGUCGAUCUGAGCUUCAAGAGUUUGAAGAAUUUUUGCAGCCUCAUCAGAAAGCUUGUACGACAGAUGGUCUCGGAUCCACGAUUCUUGACCGGGCAGUUAUCGAGCACAAUUUAUUGUCCGCUAGCAAACUCUACAACAAUAUAACCUUCGAGGAGCUUGGUGCUCUUUUAGAGAUCCCGCCAACCAAGGCUGAGAAGAUUGCAAGCCAGAUGAUCACAGAAGGGAGAAUGAACGGCUACAUUGAUCAGAUUGACUCUAUAGUCAAUUUCGAAACUCGUGAGACUUUGCCAACCUGGGACAAACACAUUCAGUCUCUCUGCUACCAAGUGAACCAGAUCAUCGAGAAAAUUGCUCAAACCGAACCUGAGUGGAUCGCAAAAGCUAUGGAAGAUCAAAUGGUGCACUAACUGCCGCAAAAACUUAGGAUAAUCCUUGAAAUAGUUCAGAUCUUUCAGACCUAAGAUCUCAAGGUCAACUUCCUCAUUUUUUUCAUAAUAAAAUGAUGAUCCAAGUCUGAGGAAUGUAAAAUUACGUUCUACUCUGCAAAAAUGUGCAGCCUCAAAAAAUGUUACAUUUAAAAUACUAUUAAAAAAAAAGAAGAGGGAAACCUCGUUUAUUUAAAACAAAAGAGGCUUAUUAUUGAGUAAUAAAGCUAAUUAAACGACCACUCGUCUUCAGAUGAACGGAGUGAACGCGGAAGUGUAAUUUUUUCUUUGUAAAUAAAUCACUACCACGAUAAAC